ACGCGGCUCCGAACCAUGCAACACGGCGACGUACAACAAGCUAGCUAGCAAAGAUGGCCAUGGCCAGGAGCUCCAGCCUAGUGCUCGUCGCCUUCGCCUUGCUCUGCUGCUACGCCUCCACCGUCUCCUCCCAGGGUAAUUCGUCUGAUGGUUUCCUCUCGUGUCUGACGGCGAGCAUCCCCCGCCAGCUCGUGUUCACGCCGAGCUCGCCCUCGUUCACGCCGCUGCUCAAGUCCUCCAUCAGGAACCCCAAGUUCUUCACGCCCAGCACCGUGAGGCCGCUGUAUAUUAUCACGCCGACGAACGCGUCGCACGUGCAGGCUGCCGUGCUGUGCGGCCGUCGGAGCGGGCUGCGCAUCCGCGUGCGCAGCGGCGGGCACGACUACGAGGGCCUGUCGUACCGGUCCGUGCGCGCCGAGUCGUUCGCCGUGCUUGACCUGUCGAGCCUCCGUGCCGUGCGGGUCGACGCGCAGGCGGCGACCGCGUGGGUGGACUCCGGCGCCCAGCUCGGCGAGCUCUAUUAUGCGAUCGGGAAGGCGAGCGGCGUGCUCGGGUUCCCCGGCGGCCUGUGCCCCACCGUCGGCGUCGGAGGCCAUUUCAGCGGCGGCGGCUUCGGCAUGCUGCUGCGCAAGUACGGCAUGGCCAUCGACAACGUCAUCGACGCCGUGCUGGUGGACGCCAAGGGGAGGCUCCUGAACAAGAACACCAUGGGGAGCGACGUCUUCUGGGCCCUCCGAGGCGGCGGCGGCGAGAGCUUCGGCGUCGUGGUGUCGUGGCAGGUGAAGCUCCUGCCCAUCCCGCCCAAGGUCACGGUGUUCAACGUCCCUGUGACCGCCAGCCAGGGCGCCGCGGACCUCGUCACCAGGUGGCAGCAGGUCGCGCCGGCCCUGCCGGAGGACCUGAUCAUCAGGGUGGUCGUCCAGCAGAAGACGGCCAACUUCCAGUCCCUGUUCCUCGGCACCUGCGACGCGCUGCUGCCGGUGAUGAGCAGCCGCUUCCCGGAGCUGCGGUUCAACCGCUCCGACUGCAGGGAGAUGACCUGGAUCCAGUCGGUGCCCUACAUCUACCUCGGCAGCGCCUCGACCGUGGAGGACCUCCUGAACCGGACCACCGCCGAGUCCGUCUUCAGCAGCGGCUACAAGGCGACGUCCGACUACGUCCGGCAGGCCAUCCCGCGGGACGCGUGGGCCAGCAUCUUCGCCAAGCUGGCGCAGCCCAACGCGGGGCUCAUGAUCCUGGACCCAUACGGCGGGCAGAUCGCGGCCGUGCCGGAGUCGGCGACGCCGUACCCGCACCGCGCCGGCGUGCUCUACAACAUCCAGUACAUGAACUUCUGGUCGAUGGCGUCGGGGGACGGGGCCGUGCAGACCAGGUGGAUCAGGGAGUUCUACGCGUUCAUGGCACCGUUCGUGAGCUCCAACCCGAGGGAGGCCUACUUCAACUACAGGGACCUGGACCUCGGCGAGAACGUCGUCGUCGGCAACGUGAGCAGCUACCAGGCCGGGAUGGUCUGGGGCCAGAAGUACUUCAAGGGCAACUACCAGAGGCUCGCGAUGGCCAAGGGCCAGAUCGACCCCGACGACUACUUCAGGAACGAGCAGAGCAUCCCGCCAUUUGCCAACAGCAGGUGAUAGCUCAGCAAAAUGGGCCGCUAGCUCUUUCUUUUGUGUACAUGGUAGCUAACUAGCUAAGUAGCUAGCUACACAUUUAUCUUUAUUUGUACAUGUAUUUGUUGAUAUUGGUUUGAGAUUGCUUACCACAAUUACUGAUUGUGUGGUAUAUAUGUACAUGUAUUUGUAUCUUGAACAAAUUUUAUAAUAAAAUUGCACAUUGUGUGAAAGCUCAGCACAAAA